AGGAGAUAUAAUGGCUGGAUGGAGGGGUAAGUAAGUAAUUGGGAAGGGGCUUCUAAUCACUUUUCCCCUGACUUUGCUGGUUGUGAAGUCUCUGCACAUGACAGAUAAAGAAGAAGUGACAAGUUCAGGUCUAUCUCCUGUAACAGUAACAGCAGCAGGGGGUGAAACCGCUCAUCUUCCCUCUCUGAGUGUCAGUUCCUGUGUCGAUGUUUCUGGUCUCAGUCCCAUCACUGGGGAGUCACAACUUACCAGGACAAGAGCAAUGGCUGAAUCCAUAACCUACUCCCAGUUCAACUGGUCAACCAGUCAAUCCCAGCACAAAGAGCCACCACCCCUGACACCAGGGCAGGAGGUUUCCGGGGGUUCUAUAUACACUGCUCUCCGCAAAUCCCUGGUCAGGAAGAAUAAGGGGCCCAAACAAAAAGGGCAAGAAGAGCAGAACCUUUCUACAUAUGUGGCAGUGAAGAAAGAAGACAAAUCCAAAAACCAGAAGCAAAAGGAAGGGGCAGAAGAUGUGAGUGUCCCUAUAUAUUCUGCUGUCAGCAAAGGGAAGAAAUCCAAGAGCAAGAAGGACAAGAGAUCUGCCCAGAAAGAUGCCCCUAAUCAUCCUACAGAUGCCCCUGCCAAGGAAGAAGAGGUUUCCAACAGCAAGAAGGAAAAGCCAGUGUCAGAGCAGCAAGGUGGGGGUCUGUCUAUGUAUGCCUCCUUCAAGAAACAGAAAAACCCCAAAGAGAACACGGCCAAUAUAUUUGCUCAGAAAGUUCCAGACCAGAGAUGGAGUCUGUGUCUGAUCCCUGCUGUCUGUCUGAUCUGCGCUCUCAUCAUUAUUAUUAUUUAUUUAAUACUGACCCGCUGUGCAAAUACAAAUGAUUCAGGGUCAGGUGGAGGUGGAACAGUGAGUGGAGCAGGUACUGCUGGUCCCUGCCCCAGGCACUGGAUAUUGAUGCACAAUAAAUGCUAUUUCUUCUCUGAAGUCACAAAGAGUCGUCAGGAGAGUGAAAGUAACUGCACCUCUAUGGGCUCCAUCCUGGCGCAGGUGCAAAAGGAAAAGGAAUCUCUGCAGAGGUUAAUAAGGAUCACGGAGCAGCAAUUCUGGGUUGGAAUAAAACACACCGGAUCCCAUCAUAGUACAGGAAUAUGGAAGGGCAGAUGGGCCGACGGCAGUGAAGAAACUGUCACUGGUGGAAUUGGUACCUGUGCCAAGAUGGGGAGCACCCUGAACCAGGAGAGUUGUUACACCCCUCUGCGCUGGAUCUGUGAGAGACACGCCCCCUGAGUGGGAGGAGCCACACACUUAUCUCCCACUGUGCUGGGAUUCACGUCUGGGCCAAGGAACUGACAUAUUAAUCCUGAGGAGGGAACACAAGACCAGGGACUUUUGGUUGUAGUUAAUUAGAUGUAGUUACAAGAUGAAUCAUUAGUAUUAUAUCAUACAUUAUUAUUUUUAUUGCAAGACAAUGAACUCUGUUCCUUCAUCCAAUCACAAUCCACAGAUCCCCACUGGAGCCAAUGGGAUGAGACUCAAGGACGUUCCCAAUUCCAGGCCGAGCAGAACAACUGGGAUCCAGAGGCCUCUGAGUUGGGUUUAUUUGGAGAUGAAGGAAUAAAACAGGGUUGUCCAACGUGAGACCCACGGGCUGAAUGUUCCAUUUAUAUCCCCAACCUCCAUAGAGCUCAGUGUAUGAUUUUGUUUUCAGUCAGAUUUCUGGUCUUGUCGAUAUUUUUUUUUAAUAAUUUGUUCAAUUUUAUUACUUUAUUUCGUGCCUAUGAUUACGUAUCCAUUGAUCUGAAACGUGUUAGGACUGUUUGACUUUUAAUGAGAUGAAAUAAAUGACGUCUUUUACCUCA